AUGGAGGAUGGAGAGGUCUUUGGGCCCACUUACCAGAGGAGACCUCGCGGGGCUGGUGUCCGGCUCAGAGAGAGUCUCAUCGGUGUUUUUGUUAUCUUGAGAAUUCGUCUGGCUGGCAACAUACAGGAGGGUGGAGCGGCCACCGACUUUUUGAGCUACAGACGCGUCGCCGGUCCCGAGAGCGUUCGAGGUCGACAUCUCAAGGCUACGUACCACUAG